AUGAUAAGAUAAAGAUCAGUUAGUUAGAAUUCAAAAACCAUAGAUUUUGAAUAGAAGAGAGAUAUCAAGACAUCAUAGUUCCACAGAAGAAUAGUAGUAAAUUGACUAUCUAAUAUAAUAGCCUUUGCAUUAAGAAAAUAGUAUGCUUAAAGAUAGAUUACAUAAAAUGAAGUUCUAAGUGGAAGAUAACUUGCAACUAGUGAUUGAUGAACUCGACAAAGAUUUAUAAUUGAAAGCAAAGCUUAUAGAUUUCUAAUAACUAUUUGGACUAAUCAAAGAAUAAAUAAACAAAGAUCAUGAAAAGAUUGAUUAAUUACAGGAACAAAUAGAAAGAUUGUAAUUCAACUUAAAUUAAAGUGCUUAACAAAGAGAAGAAGAGUCUUAAAUGUAUCAAUAAUCUUAAGUUAUUUUAACUGAAUAACUUUAAAAAGAAAAGUAAAAUUUUAGAAGUGAAAAAAUAUCUUUGGAUGAAUAAAUCAAAGUACUUACUUAUUAGAAUUUCGAGAAGGAGUAGGAAUUAGAACUAAUAAAGAAAUAACUAUAAUGGGAGUUAGAGUAGAAUCAAGAAUUAAUUUAAAAAGUUGAGAAAGCAAAGAAGUUUGAUUAAGAACUUAAAGAUAAAUAGAACUAUUAUGAGACAACUAUCUCUAAGUUAAAUAUUUAAAUUGAAACUGAUAAUUAGGUUUUCAAGAAUGAAUUAGAAAUUCAAUAAUAAAAGUUAGAGUCUAAAUAUAGAUAGAUGAUCUAGGAAAAUAAACAAUUAACAUCAUAAAUCUCAGAGAUGAAAUAAAAUUUACAUCAAUUGAAAUAGUAGAAAGAUUCUAUGGAGAGAACUUUAGAUUCAAACAAUCAAAAAAUGAAAGAUAUCAAAUCUGAAGUUAUAUCAGAUAAAUAAUAAAUUUCAAAGAAUGAAAAAAAUAUUGAGGAAUUGUAAAAAGAAUUGACAUUCUUUAAAAAUAAGGUUUUGAUAGAUGAAAAGAGAGAAAUUAAAUUAAAAUAAUAAUUGAGUUAAUAAGAAGAUCAAAUUCAAGAACUUCUAUAAGUUAAGAAUUAGUAUCAUAAUUUAAAAAAGGUAUUAUAACAGGAGCACUUAAUUGAAAUCGAAAAAAUUAAUAACUAACAUAAUUCUUAACUUUAAAGCUUAAAUGAAUAAAUUUAAAUUCAAAGAGUGAAAUAUGAAAAAUUAUUGGGGAAGUAAGUUGAUUCAAAAGAAAUUGCUUAAUAUCAAUAGAAAAAUUUUAGUUAAUAAUACGAUGACCCAGUUCAUAUCUAAUAUGUUGAAAAUUUGGAAUUUACUAUAGAAAAUCAUAUUUAAGAAAUUAAAUAAUUAGAGUUGAAUAUUAGAACUAUUAAUGAAGAAAAUGGUUUAGAGAAAAAAUAAAUGUUGUAGUAAUUUUCUUAAGAAAAAUAAAUUCUUAUAAAUUAAUAAAAGUAAGAUUUAUAAAGAUAAUCAGCAGAGUUUGAAGAGUUUAAAAUAAAAUUAUAAAGUGAUUACAAUUAUCGAACCUAAUUACUAAGUUAAUAAUAUUCCUUUUAAUUGGAUCAAUAGAGAUAAGAAUAAAAAUAAUUGCAAUAGAUAAUAGAUUAAUCUAAAUUAAGUGGCGAUGAGAAGACAAAAUUGUUGGAAAUAGCUUCAGAAGAGAUAAUGAAUUUGAGAAAGAAAUAUGAUCAUGAUAUCUAUGAAGAAAGAAAUACUCAAAGAUAAAUAAAACAUGAAUAUGAAAAUACAAUUUAAUAAAAUAAAUAAGAUUAUUAGAAAUAAAUAGAUAAUCUAAAAAGAGAAAUUGAAAAUUUGAAACUUUCGUUAUCAGAUUUUCAAAAUAAAGAACAAGCUGCUUAGUAAAAAAUCAUUGACUUAACAAAUGAAUUAAAACAAGAUAAAUGUAAUAUAAAUCAAUUAGAAUUUUAAUUGAGUAAAAAAUAAAAUGAGAUUUAAAAAUUAAAUGAAACAAUCAGAGGAUUGAAUGUUAGAAUAUCUACAUUAUUAUUGGAAGUAGAAAAUACAAAAAAGACAUAUAAUAUCUUUGCUCCAAAUACUUCGCAUUCAUCACAUUAUAAUUUAAAAAAGUUGGAAUUAGAAAUACCUGUUGAUUUUAGUUAAUAAUAAAGACAUUCAUCUUCUGAAUUAAAAUUUAAACCUGAGCUUUUAGUUUAAGAAAUAGGUAAAAAAUCAAACAGAAAUAGAUCAUAGUAAGGAUCUAGGCAAUAUCAAAUAAGAUAGAUGCCAUAAAUAUGAAAAAUACCUUGAUUAAAUAAAUAUAUAUAUACG